CUUGACAAAACUUCGUACGAGAGGCGCGGAAGCGCGAAACCCAUAGAAAUAAAAACCCUUGUUGAAGUGAGCAGAGACUAGAGAGGGCUUUACCUUUUCGAAGCUUUUCAAGACCCAUCCAUGGCGAACCCUAAGUCUGUCGACCCCUCUCUUUGGUGGGAUCCUUUCUCUCUACUCCUCACUGAAAUUGAACAAGCCUCUCCCUCCUCUGAUCUUCCACCUUCUCUGGUGAAGAAGUUGAAGGACAAUCACUAUUGGUUUGUCGACACCGUUUCUUGCUUCAAACCUCCAAAUGAGAAGUCCAGGGAGGCUUUGAAUUCUCAGCAACUAAAAAUUGGGUCACACCAGCUGAAAAUUCAGCCUGAAUUGAAAGAUAAAGCUUUGCAAAUUAGUCCCUUGUUGUGUCUAGAUGAGGUUCAGUCUUAUAUCCUCGUCGAAAGAUCUUUCGAGAAGUACAAUGUAGUUCUCGACUCUAUAGUUCAAGAGUUUCCUCACGUGGCAUUGCUACAAUACUACAUUGAACGACAAUGCCUGCUGAAGUGUACCAGGAGGAUUCUCAUGCACGCUUUAUCUCUAGGAAACGGCUCUCGAAAAGAUGCCGAUAUAUGGAAGGAGGCAUUAAACCUGAUUUCUGAUGGUUUAGAAGAAAAACUAGUCUCUGUUCUCCAAGAGCUUCUAUCUUCUAGUCACCCUGCCCAAAUGGAUGUUGACCUCUUCACCUUGUGGGCUGAGGAGACGCUGAUUGAAGACUAUUUGGUUUUGGACAUUCUUUUCCUCACUUAUUAUGAGUCAUUUUGUAUUUGCAACGGUCAGAGGUGGAAAACAUUGUGCUCACUUUUCAAGGGAAUUUUGUCCGGGUCAUAUAACUUAAGAAAGCUGGAAGUUUCAACUGAAGCAAUACAGUCUUCUUAUCAAGCAAAGAUCCAACUGUUACUUGUCCUAAUAGAAACUCUGGACUUGGAAAAUCUUUUACAGAUGGUCCAUGAUGAAACUCCUUUCAGGGAGGUUUCUUCUCAUUUUUCCUUGAUUGAUGUCCAAGAGAUGGAUACGAUAGUGUCAAGUCUUAAUGCUUUUGAAACUAAGGAAGCAGGCCCACUAAUUCUAACAUGGGCAGUGUUUCUUUGUCUGAUUUCAUCACUUCCAGGAAAAGAAGAAAACAAUGUUCUAAUGGAGAUUGAUCAUAUUAGCUAUGUUCGUCAAGCUUUUGAAGCUGCUUCACUGAGAUCUUUUCUUGAGAUCCUUGAGAGUUACUUAUUAAAUGAGUCAGAUGGACCUGUUGCUGGUUAUCGAGGUGUAUUGAGAACAUUUAUUUCUGCAUUUAUUGCAUCUUAUGAGAUCAAUAUUCAGCUGGAAGACAGUACUCUUAAUUUGAUACUGGAUAUUCUCUGCAAAGUUUACCGGGGAGAGGAAUCACUUUGCAUUCAGUUUUGGGACAGAGAAAGUUUUGUUGAUGGUCCUAUUCGGUGUCUUCUUUGUAGCCUAGAAGGUGAAUUCCCCUUUCGGAUUGUGGAACUUAUUCGCCUCUUAUCAUCCCUAUCUGAAGGAACUUGGCCAGCAGAAUGUGUGUAUAACUUUCUUGAUAAGUCAGUGGGCAUUUCAUCCUUGUUUGAGAUUACAGAUGAUUCCUUGGUGGAUGCCACAUCCCAAAUUGUUGAAACACGUGCUCCAUUGCAUGUCCCUGGUAUUGAAGGUCUGCUGAUCCCUAGUAGCACUCGUGGACAUAUUUUGAAAUUAAUUGGUCCAAAUACUGCACUUGUACGAUGGGAGUAUACACAUUCUGGGGUGCUUGUCCUGCUGCUGCGUCUAGCCCAGGGGCUUUAUUUGGAUGGCAAUGAGGAAGCUCUACUUACUCUUGAUCUUCUUAAUCAGAUGAUAUCUUCUAAUGAGGCUGUGUGUUUUGCUUUAAUGGACAUUGGCAACUCAUUUCAUGCUCAAGAAACUGCUUUGAGUGGGCAAUUGGAAAGUCGAGUGUGGGUUGUUGAGAUCAUCUGCACUCUGGUCAGGAAAUUAUCUCCUAAUCCUGGUAGUGCUGCUAUAAUGGCCAUAGGUGUCAACAUCUUGGCAAAGAUGUUGAAAUGUUGCCCUUCAUACAUUGCUGCAGCAGCUGUAAAGGCAAAUUUAUUUGAUGUGGCUUUAAAUACAAAUAUUCUUGAUACUGGCUCUAAUAAUUCCUUGAGCGGAUCGUGGUUGCUUUCUGGAAAAUUGGCAACAAUGCUAUUGAUUGACUGUGAGCAGAAUGAGAAUAACUGCUUCUUAACUACAGCAGUGCUGGAUUUCACAAUGCAGCUGAUGGAAACGGGAUUUGAGAAUGACACUGUUCUUGCAUUAGUUGUUUUUUCUCUGCAGUAUGUCCUUGUAAACCAUGAAUAUUGGAAAUUCAAGGUGAAACAUAGUCGCUGGAGAAUAACAUUGAAGGUGCUUGAACUGAUUAAAAAAGGCAUUGCGAUGACAUCAUACUCUGGAAAGCUGGUUGGGGUCAUCUGGGACAUGUUACUUUCUGAUUCUUCAAUCCAUAGUACUCUUUUUCGGAUUGUUUGCACGACUUCACAAGCGUUGGAGAAACUUCAUGUUAGCCGUCUCUUUGAUGUUAUGGAAAUUGAAGGUUUAUCACUUGCUAUAUCGUCUGUUUUGGAGAUUCUAUACAAUGUGCUUGCCAAAUUUCCCAAGGAUACAUCUUCCAGCCUCCCCAUCUUUCUUCAAUCAGUAUUGUCAUCUGCAACAAAACCAAUAUCUGUAGUUGCUGCUGUUGUCUCCUUGGUAUCUUAUUUUCGCAAUCCUGGUAUACAGAUUGGCGCAACUAAAGUACUUUCAAUGCUGUUGAUGACAGCAGAUUUCUUGCCAGCAUAUUUUUCUGCAAGCAGCUUUGGUUUGGAUGAUAAACAGGUUACUGAUCUGAAAGAUUCUGUAAGCUUUAUUCUACUCGAGCAAUCUGAAGAAAAUGAAGACUUAUUUGUUGCUACUGUCAAUCUUUUCACUGCUGCUGCUCGUUAUCAGCCUGCUUUUUUUAUUGCUGUAUUUGCCAAUAAAGAGAAUAUGGACGUCCAAGCAAGUAAUGCUGGUGGUGGGAAGCUGCCAGCAAUUGAGGUUUCCUCUGGGGCAGUAGAGUCUAAAGAUUCAAGUCUUGUAGAUGCAGUACUUUGUUAUAUUGUAAAUUCUGAUAGUCAUAUCAAUAACAAACCCUUUGUGCUGCUUAAUGUGCUCAACUUUUUAAAGGCAUUGUGGGAAAGGGCGGCCCAAUAUAUCAAUAUAUUGGCGAGGUUGAAAAGCUCUGAGAAGUUCUGGAAGCAAUUGUCAAAAUGUGUUCCACUAACUUCUCCGGAUUCUUUGCCUGAUAGCCUGACUGAGAUGGAAGCUCUAAAUCAGGCAUACAGAUAUCAAUGUCAAUCUUCCAUAAUGGAAAUAAUGGCAUAUGACAUGUUUCUGCAAAAAAAGUUGUCACAGGUGGAGUCACAAAAAAAACAAGUACCUGAGUCAAAGGGAAGCACUGAUAAAUCAAAAGCUGCAAAUCUAUAUGAUCAUAGAGAUGUUUUAUCAACAUGGUGUCACGGUUCUGUCUUGGUUAAUCUGAUCAAGUUACUUACUACUUAUGACUAUGAUAACAAAUCAUUUUAUCAUGCAGAGGUUUCUGCCAGUUUAGUUACAGUGCAUUUGAUUGAGAAAGUAACUGCUGGUGAUACUGGAAGCUUAUCUGUAUCAAUACUUCAGAAGAUCAGCACCAUGUCUAAAAAGCUUAGAAGUCAUCCUGCUUUCUCUGAAUUGUUAGCCCAAUAUUCACAGAGUGGUUAUAGUGAAGGGAAGGAACUAAAUAAUUUGAUACUUAAUGAUCUUUAUUAUCAUCUUGAAGGAGAGCUUGAGGGUCGUGAAAUUAGCGCUGGGCCAUUUAAAGAACUUUCUGAAUACCUGGUUGAUUCAAAAGUUAUGCACAAUUACCAACAUAAGUAUGACAAUGACUUUCUUAUAACUUACAAAGAUGUGUACUUGUUUGAUCCCGAGCGUGUACGGGCUGAUUUGGGGUCAGAUCUUUGGGACUAUUUGAAGUGGAAAACAUCUAAAGAGAUCACAAAAAGAAUGCUGUCUCAGAUGAUGUGGGCAAAUUCGACGGUGUUGCUUAGAAAUUCAAAGCUUGCUGCAUUGAAAUCAUUAAUAACUGUCUUAACCAUCUAUGAGAAUGAUGAGAAAAAUGCCACAUUGGGAGGGAUCUCUAAUGAACUUAUUCGAACAUGUAUAGAUCACAUAUGCAAGUGCUUCAGGGACACUGUGGAAUCAUUAGCUCCAUAUAGAGGCAGUGGCUCUGAAGACACAUUUCAUUUUCUUUCAGCCCAAUCAGAACUGCUUCUCCAUCUUUUGCGAUCUGCACAUAAAAGCCUCAACUUCUCUGUUUGUGUACAUUUGUUGAAAACAGCAGGUUCUGGCCUUCGGGUACUGUGUGACUUCAGGCCAUCAGCUACUGAGGUUAACAUAACAAUUAAGCUUUUACUUGUAUUGCUUCUCUCGACAGUGGAGUUUUGUUGUCUCAGUUCACAUUUUGGUGGCAUGAUAGAUAAGGAAUCUGUUGAGGACAUGGCUAAAAUUUCUAAUGUGUGUCUGGGACUACUACCCAUUCUUUGCAACUGUAUAGUCAUUGCUGAUCACUGCACCCUCUCCCUGACAACUGUUGACUUGAUACUAAGAAAUUUCUUGACACCCAACUCAUGGUUCCCCGUUAUACAGUCUCACCUCCAGCUGAACGAUGUUAUUUUGAAACUUCAGGACAAGAGUUCCUUUUCAUCUGUCCCUGUUGUUAUGAAGUUCUUUUUGACCCUUGCUCGUGUUAGGGAAGGUGCUGAGAUGCUUGUUAAUUAUGGUUUUCUCUCAUCCUUGAGAUUUUUGUUUACAGAGUACAUGGAUGGUAGACCUUUGUCUAUCUCAACUGACAAGUUGGAGAAGCCUCAACAAGUUUGGGGCCUUGCUUUGGCUGUCAUUACAGCUAUGGUUGAGUCCUUAGGAGACAGUCCUUCAUGUAGAGAUAUUUUAGACAAUGUGAUACCGUACUUAUUCUCAGAGAAAGGGUAUAUUAUUUCUUAUUAUCUCAGUGCACCAGACUUUCCUUCUGAUGAUCAUGACAAAAAAAGACCUAGGACUCAAAGAACAGAAAUUUCUCUAUCAGCUCUCAAGGAAACUGAGCAUACUAUCAUGUUAAUGUGUGUUCUUGCAAGACACUGGAAAUCGUGGGUUAAGGCCAUCAAAGAAAUGGAUUCCCAAUUGAGAGAACAAAGUAUCCAUCUUUUAGCCUUCAUUAGCAAAGGAUCUCAACGUCUAGGAGACUCUUCCAGUAUCAAUGCGCCACUCUUAUGUCCUCCUGUCCUAAAAGAGGAGUUUGAUAACUGCAAUAAGCCGUCAUUUAUGAACAGCAAAAAUGGAUGGUUUGCCCUUUCACCUCUUGGUUGUGUCUCGAGACCAAAAUUUUCAGCUGUUUCUACAACUUCAACAUCUCUCAUAAUCAGAAGUCAACCAGCCGAAAGUGCUAAUCAUGCUGCACAAACGUACUUCUCUGAUGUUGUUUCUCUAGAGAUAUAUAGAAUUUCAUUUCUACUAUUGAAAUUUCUAUGUUUGCAAGUUGAUGGUGCCGCUAGAAGGGCAGAGGAGGUAGGUUAUGUGGAUCUCGCUCAUUUUCCUGAGCUUCCAAUGCCUGGUAUUUUACACGGCUUACAGGAUCAAGCAAUCAGCAUUGUUGCCGAGCUAUGCGAAGCCAACAAAUUGAACCAGAUUAAAAAAGAAAUACAGAAUGCGUGUUGCUUAUUACUACAGAUAAUGGAGAUGGCCUUGUACUUGGAACUUUGCGUUCUACAGAUAUGUGGCAUGAGACCCGUGCUAGGACGUGUUGAAGAUUUUUCUAAGGGAGUGAAGAAGUUGUUAAGAGCAACUGAAGGACACGCUUUCCUGAAAUCCUCAGUUAAGUCCUUGAAACAGAUAAUAUCAUUUGUCUAUCCUGGAUUGUUACAGACCGAGGAGCUUAUGUGAGAAUCGCAUUGUUGUAGACACAGGUGUACUCUAGUCUCUAGGCUGAAAAGAUUAUAGGAAUAUAUUUUUUUUUUAAUGGAAUUUUAAAAUCUUUAUAUGGGGAAAAGAAAAUCAAUGUAUAGAAAUUUGGGUCCACUUCCACCCCAAUAAGUUAUUCUUACAAAUUAUAAUGGUGGCAUUUUCCAUAUUAGCUGUUCUUUGUUGUGAUUCCAAAGGUGAUAAUUAGGUAGCUUGCUUUGGACAAAAAUAGGUCCAACCUAUGCUGCAAAUCUGCAACUAUUGUUUGACUGGCCCCUUAUGUCCAUUUAUGUGGUCGAAAUUCUCUCUCGUCCUUUUCCUUUUUUAAUUUUAUUUUCUUAAAAUUUUCCUUUGUUAGAGUGAGGGGCCGAUGGUUGUUUAUCUUUAGUGGAUAGUGGGGGCUGUGGCGUGAGACUAUUAGGCUAGUUCCAUAUAACUGCAUUGACUGGUCGGUCUAUCAUUAUUAAUCUUAAUCCUUUUCCUAUAAACUAUAUUGUUUAAGGUAUGAAAUUUAAUUUCAAGUUUCUCAACGGCCGUGUAAAAAAACAACAGCCCAGUAAAAAUGCUUCUUUUAUUUUUUAAAACGCAUGGCAUUUUUAAUAAUCUGAUGUGAUGGCUGCUCUUUUUGAAA